AUGUCGUCGUCUUCGAACACAGCAUCGGCUUCUACAACGGCUGUCGUGCCCGGUGCAGGCACCAACGGUCGACCCAUCGUCUUCAUGGACAUCUCGAUCGGCGACACCCCUGCUGGCCGUCUCAAAUUCGAGCUCUUCUCCGACAUCGUCCCUCGCACCUCCGAGAACUUCCGUCAGCUGUGCACCGGAGAGUUCCGACCCAACCACGUUCCCGAAGGUUACAAGAACUCGAUCUUCCACCGCAUCAUCAAGGACUUUAUGUGUCAAGGGGGCGAUUUCCUCCACGCCGACGGAACCGGAUCUCGCUCCAUCUACGGCGACAAGUUUGAAGACGAAAACUUCACGUUGAAACACGACCAGGCAGGGCUUCUGAGCAUGGCGAAUUCGGGACCGGCAACGAACGGAUGUCAGUUCUUCAUCACGGCUCAACCGUGUCCGUUCUUGGACGGAAAGCACGUCGUGUUUGGCAAGGUGGUCGAUGGUCUGUUGACGUUGAGAAAGAUGGAGAACGUUCCUACGGGAGCAAAUAACCGUCCGAAGAUGGCGGUUAGAGUGACUCCUGAUCGUGUGCUGAGAUUGCCGAACGUGGACGUCUUUGGACAUGCCGGUCUGCCAGCCGCUAGCGUUGUACGGUACCGCUUCGGCAAGACCCGACAAAGCUUGCUAUCGUGUUUCGCCACGGUUCCUGAGAAGACAGCUCGCAGCUCAACUCCCGAAAACUCAAAGAAUCAGAGAGGCGCACCUCGCCGACGAGUGUUCAAGAAGGAAAAGUGGAACAUGCAAGAUGAUGUCGUGAUCGAUCUGCCUCGCGUGUGCUGUGCCCGCAAAACUCGCUGCGUGGAAAAAAAAAAAAAAACCUCCUGCCACCAAGAACGGGGUCGUAAUCGGGUCUGGUUUCCGGACCAUCGAGCAGCAGUUGUGACGAUAUCGUGCAACACGUUGUGCAGCAGACUUUGCUGUCAUUGGUCCUGUCCGCCCUUCGGUCAAUGCUGUGAUUGCUGCGGCUUGCAAAGACCGACAUGGCACCGAUGCAAGUCAGACAUCAAGAACAGUAACGAGCUUGGCGCUGUGCUCAUUGAAGCAAACAGCGAUCUUAGCUGUGAAGGGAAACAGCAGCCGAUCGACAUAGAAGGGACAAUGUGGUUUGCUGUACAGCACUAG